AUGCCUCCUAACUCAAAAUCCACAAACACCAAAUCUCGAAGACUGAAGAUUCUCAUGUUGCAUGGCUACACACAAUCUGGCCCUCUUUUCCAAGCAAAAACCCAACGCAUCAAAAAACUACUUGAGAAAUCUCUUGCCGGUUUACCCAUCAAAAUUGAAGUUCCCAUCAAUGGCAUCGACCUCUUUUAUCCCACCGGUCCUUUCAAAGUCUCUUCUGCAGAUCUCAACGGAGCAGAAGUCAGAGAAGACGCAAACGGAUGGUGGAAACUGCGAGAACGCGGUCAACUUCAAGAAGGUGUAGAUGUCGGUAUCGACCAAGUGGCAAAAGUGCUUAAAGAAUUUGGUCCUAUGGAUGGAGUUAUGGGGUUCAGUCAAGGUGCUGCUCUGGCUGCUAUGGUGGUUUCUCUGCUUGAACCUGGCCGAGAAGAGGCAUUUGGGAAGGUGCAAGGAGGUAUGAAAUACCCGCAGGAGAUCAAGGAGUUGCAACAUCCACCGUUGAGGUUUGGGGUUUGCUUUUCGGGGUUGUUGAAUAAGCAUGAGGCGUAUACUGCGUUUUACGAGCCGAAGAUUCAUACGCCGAUACUGCAUGUUCUGGGCAGUAUGGAUACUAUUGUGGAGGAGAGUGAGUCGUUGGCGCUUGCGGAACGAUGUGCUGAUGGUGGGAAGGGCAUGGUUAUCAGACAUGCUGGCACGCAUACUGUGCCAACAAGUGAUAGGGACAUUGCAGCUGUUAUACAGUUCAUCCGCAAUGCGUUUCCCAUUGAGGAUGCAACUGCGAAGAAAGACGAGGAAGACGUUUUGGACAUGGAUAUGCCUUUUUAG